UGGAACUCAGGGUCAAGUGCGUAUGAUACACAUAUAAAAGCCAGUGUCCCGCUCAGCUGAGACUCAGUGAAGUGAAUCACCAUCGAGACAACAUGGCCUUGUUCUUGCUUGUUAGUUGUUUUGCUCUUGUGGCUUCUACACUGGGGUGUGGAGUGCCUUCUAUCAAGCCCAAAGUGAGUGGAUACAACAGGAUUGUAAAUGGGGAGACAGCUGUGUCUGGGUCCUGGCCCUGGCAGGUCUCGCUUCAGGAUAGUACAGGUUUCCACUUCUGUGGAGGAUCCCUGAUCAAUCAGUACUGGGUUGUCACUGCUGCUCACUGCCGUGUGUCUCCUGGAAACCACCGUGUUAUCCUGGGAGAACAUGAUCGGCAGUACAACGGUGAACAAAUCCAGGUCAAGUCAAUUGCCAGGGCUAUCUCUCACCCCUACUACAACUCCCAAAAUUUCGACAAUGAUAUCACCCUUCUGAAGCUGUCAUCCCCAGUACAGCUGACAUCCCGUGUGUCUCCUGUGUGCCUGGCUUCCUCCAGCACCAGCAUCCCCUCUGGAACCAGCUGUGUCACUACUGGAUGGGGCAGAACCGGCCAAACCUCGAGUCCUCGCUACCUCCAGCAGACUGCCCUGCCUCUGCUCAGCCCUGCUCAGUGCAAGCAGUACUGGGGUUAUAACAGAAUCACUGAUGCCAUGAUCUGUGCUGGAGCAUCUGGAGUGUCCUCCUGUCAGGGUGACUCUGGGGGCCCUCUGGUCUGUGAGAACAGUGGAGCGUGGUACCUUGUGGGUAUUGUGUCCUGGGGCACCUCUAACUGCAAUGUGCGAGCCCCUGCCGUAUAUGCUCGUGUGUCCUACCUGCGCAGGUGGAUCGACCAAACUGUUGCUUCCAACUAACGCAACAAACACACUCAAUAUCUGCAUGUGCUCACAUGUUUUCCCACACUUUGCCAUCCUGCUCCUCACAGGGAUCAAUGAGUGAUAGGAAUCACUCAGUGUACUGCCAUGUAUGGUGCAUUUGUGCAUUUGUGAGAAAUCAUGUUUAAAAUAUAAUUCC